UUGGUCCCUCAGCAGAAGCUGCUGUGAUGCGCUGCGGUGACACAGCCGAGUCUGCGGCGAUAAAAAGAAAGGCGACGAGCCGCGCAGGAGAAAGUGUUGGAGGGCGGACAGCGAGUUUCCAUUCGAUGGUAGAUGCGCCUCUGCGAGUCCUAACACGGCUGGAAGUAUCUGUCCAACUCCUGAGGGAUCUGGGGAAGAAUGGAGUGGUAUGUCCUGGUGCUGAUGCUGAGCUUGCCGCCCUCCAUCCACGCAGAUUGCUCUUCACAGUGUCAGAAAUGCGCGCAGCAGAUGCUCAGCCCCGACGCCGCCUUCAGCAGCCUGGCGUGCAGCGCGGACUGUGAGGGGCAGCUGGAGAGCUGCGGUCCGGCUCCGGGGCUGGCGGACUUCAGCCAGGAUGAGGCCGCAGCGGAGGAGGAGAGCCAGCAGGCGGACCUGGUCAAGCGCUACGGCGGCUUCAUCAAGAGGAUCGACAAGAACAAGAACAAAGUCUUCAGCUCUCCGUGGCGCGACAAUCACAUCGUGAAGGCCGGGGCGCUGCCCAAGAAAUACGAGGACUUGCUGAAGAGGCUGGAGGAGAGAGAUGUAGACGCAGACGACGCUCCGGAGGACCAGAUGCUCCACAGUUACGUCAAACGUUACGGCGGCUUUUUACGCAAAUUCGGCCCCAAGUCGAAGAGGAGUAGCUCCGAGAGCCAGGAGCCCGAGGAGCUGCAGAAGCGCUACGGAGGCUUCAUGAGGAGGAUCCGACCGAAGCUGAACAACCUGAACUGGGACAAGCGGUACGGAGGCUUCCUGCGCCGCCACUUCAAAGUGUCUGUGCGCUCGGUGGAGGAGCCGUAUUACUCCUACGAUGCCUUGAGCCUAUAGACGAAGCCUGCUGAAAGAGAAAAACUACAAAGAACUUGUGCAGGUUCACUUGAAAUGCCGCCAUUUAUCCAACAAGUAUGAUAUGCCUGCCUGUGUUGCUUCUAGCCGGCCGCCUUCUGUGUCUCACCUGUUGUUGGCUUCGUCGUCUGUCACUCAGUAAAGGAUGCUUGUUUAAUAAAACCAUGAAUAAAAA